CUUUUUCUAACCUGUGUCCUCAGAGAACAUACGAUGUUAGCUGUGCACUUUGACAAGCCAGGAGGACCAGAAAACCUUUACCUGAAGGAGGUGCCCAAACCGAGCCCUAGAGAGGGUGAAGUCCUCCUCAAGGUGGCAGCCAGUGCUCUGAACCGAGCAGACUUACUCCAGAGACAAGGCCAGUAUGAUGCACCCCCAGGAGCCAGCAGCAUUCUGGGACUUGAAGCAUCUGGAUACGUGGCGGAGCUGGGACCUGGCUGCCAGGGGCACUGGAAACCAGGAGACUCAGCUAUGGCUCUGCUGCCUGGCGGGGGCCAGGCUCAGUAUGUCACUGUCCCUGAAGGGCUCCUCAUGCCCAUCCCAGUAGGACUGACCCUGACCCAAGCUGCAGCCAUCCCAGAAGCCUGGCUCACCGCCUUCCAGCUGUUACAUUUCUCGGGAAAUGUUCAGGCUGGAGACUCUGUGCUAAUCCACGCAGGGUCAAGUGGAGUGGGUACAGCUGCCAUCCAACUCACCCGGAUGGCAGGAGCUAUUCCUCUGGUCACAGCUGGCUCCCAGCAUAAGCUUCAAAUGGCAGAAAAGCUUGGAGCAGCUGCUGGAUUCAAUUACAAAGAAGAUGACUUUUCUGAAGCAACACUGAAAUUCACCAGAGGUGCUGGAGUCAAUCUCAUUCUAGACUGCAUAGGUGGAUCCUACUGGGAGAAGAAUGUCAACUGCCUGGCUCUUGAUGGUCACUGGGUUCUCUAUGGUCUGAUGGGAGGAGCUACCAUCUCUGGGCCUCUGUUGUGGAAGCUACUUUUUAAACGAGGAAGUCUAAUCACCACUCUGUUAAGACCUAGAGACAAAAAGUACAAGCAAAUGCUGGUGAAGGCUUUCACAGAACAAGUUCUGCCUCACUUCUCCACGGAAGACCCCCAACGUCUGCUUCCCGUUCUGGAUAGAGUUUACCCGAUAACUGAAAUCCAAGAGGCUCAUGUGUACAUGGAGACUAACAGGAAUGUGGGCAAAAUCGUUCUGAAUCUGUCCCAGUGAAGGCAGAAUCGGCAGUACAGAACACGGCCACCCCAGGCUUCCCAAGAGUGAACUUGAAGAAAAUUCAGA